AUGACUGCCCAGUUGAUCUACCUGUCGGCACGGCGCCUCUCUGUGCCCCAGCGCCUCGACGGAGGUGCCGCGCUCCAGGAAAGCAUCGAGCUCAGCGGAGACGACGACGCGGAGAGCAGCGACGACGAGCCAGACGGCAAGGGCGAGGGCUCCGGGCUGCUGCGGGUGGGCUCGCUCGUGGCGGUGCCGCUGGCGGGGGGGCGGCGCCACGGGCGCGUGGAGCGCAUCUGCGGAGGGGAGCAGGGCGCCCCGGCGGGCGGUGUCACCGUGCGCCUCCUGGCGAGCGGCUCGUCGCAGGCCACCAUGCGGGAGGGCUUGUCCGCAGCCGGGCUGCGCCAGCUCAACGAGGAGAGGAGCUCGAGCUCUCCGCCGUGUGCAGCACGUGCGGGCUCGCGGAACCCGAGGGCGAGCUCCUGA